AUGACUAAAUUUCCUCUCAUUACCAUCACCGUCAUUCUCCUCCUUGCCAUCUCCCACUUCCCCGGAGCUCUCUCUCAAUCCGUAAAAGAUUGCAAACCCGCAUCCGACAACACAUGUACCGACAAGAACAAAGCAUUACAUCUCAAACUCAUAGCAAUCUUCACAAUUCUCAUCACUAGCCUAAUCGGUGUUUGUCUCCCCUUCUUUGCUCGUUCCGUUUCCGCUUUUCAACCGGACAAAUCUCUCUUCCUUAUCGUCAAAUCUUUCGCUUCCGGAAUCAUCCUCUCUACUGGUUUCAUGCACGUUCUGCCUGAUUCUUUCGCUAUGCUCUCUUCUCCUUGUCUUAGCGAUAACCCCUGGCAUAAGUUUCCUUUCACCGGCUUCGUCGCCAUGCUCUCUGCCGUGUUCACGCUAAUGGUUGACUCUAUCACCACCAGCGUUUUCACCAGGUCCGGCAGGAAGGACACGCGCGCUGAGGCUCGAACUGACGUGGCGCCUGUUGAGACUCCUGACCAAGAGAUAGGGCGCAUGGAGGUUCCGGUGGCCCAUCAUGGUCAUGGUCACGGUCUUCAUCAUAAUCUUCAUGGAGAUAACGAUCUUGGUUCCAAUUUACAGCUUCUGCGAUAUCGUGUUAUUGCCAUUGUAUUGGAGCUAGGAAUAGUGGUACACUCGAUAGUUAUAGGACUAUCAGUGGGAGCCACUAACAAUACUUGCACCAUCAAAGGUCUCAUCGCUGCUCUUUGUUUCCAUCAAAUGUUCGAAGGCAUGGGUCUCGGUGGCUGCAUUCUCCAGGCAGAAUACGGAUGGGUGAAAAAAGCGGUGAUGGCUUUCUUUUUCGCGGUGACAACACCUUUCGGAGUGGCUCUAGGGAUUGCAUUAUCUAAGACGUACAAAGAGAAUAGCCCUGACUCACUCAUAUCAGUUGGGCUACUCAACGCUUCCUCCGCUGGACUACUCAUCUACAUGGCUCUAGUUGACUUAUUAGCCGCCGAUUUUAUGGGCCAGAAGAUGCAAGGGAGCAUCAAGCUUCAGUUAAAGUCAUAUGGUGCUGUUUUGCUUGGUGCUGGUGGCAUGUCCGUCAUGGCUAAGUGGGCUUGA